AUGGAAACGCGCAGUACGCCUCCCGAAAAUCGACCGCGACUUUCCCGCAUAGCCCUAAGCAAGCGGAAUCGGGCUGUCGUGAGGGCUCUGAACCCAAUGCUGGUGACCUAUUUGGAAGCCAGCCGGGACCUUUGCGAGACGGACUCAAUUCUCUUUGGCGCCGCACUGGCAGUCUGCCGUAUUAUAGGCGCCAAACUUUCCACGGCUGGACGCACUACUGGACAAAGUAGUGCUAUCCCAACCUGGAGAACAAGAAUUGAAGAACGUAUCGCAAAGGCUAGGGCCCUCAUCGGCAGACUGAUAUGCUUCAGGUCAGGCAAUACCAGGCCAAGGAUUGUGCGCACCGUCAGGAUGGCGUUUGCUGGGACAAGUGUUAGUUUGUUUCGUUUGUUUGCAAAAACUGACGGAGCGCAUAGACGACCUGAAGCAGAGAAUCGCUGCUUGGGGAAAGCGAAUUCGGCGAUAUACCGAGAGAUCGACAUGGUUCAACCAGAAUCGUCUCUUCCAGAGUGA